AUGUCCGCAGACCGCCUCUUCCAGCCGCUCAAGGUGGGCGCCAUGGAGCUCAAGAACCGUAUUGCCAUGGCACCUCUGACACGAUUCCGUGUCAACGACGACCAUGAGAUCCUGCCCAUGGCUGCACAGUACUACGGCCAGCGUGCUUGCGUACCGGGAACCCUCCUCAUCACCGAAGCCACCCUGGUCUCGAAACAAUCUGGUGGUUACCCCAACGUACCCGGUAUCUACACUCAGGCUCAGAUCGACGCAUGGAAACCAGUAACCAAGGCUGUCCACGAGAAGGGCUCGUACAUUUACCUCCAGCUCUGGGCCCUUGGACGUGUAGCGAACAAGGACUUUGCUGCGGCGAACGACAUCACCAUCAAAUCUUCCAGCGCAACAUCCCUGGGCGAGGGAUACGCUACUCCCAAGGAGAUGACCGUUGAGGACAUCAAGCAGAGUAUCUCCGACUACGCACAAGCAGCCAAGAACGCCGUCGAGGCUGGCUUCGACGGUGUAGAGAUCCACGCUGCCAACGGCUACCUCAUCGACCAAUUCUUGCAGGAUACCUGCAACAAGCGUACAGACUCCUACGGCGGCUCUGUUGAGAACCGCUCCAGGUUCUGUGUCGAGGUCACCCAGGCUGUAGUAGAGGCCGUUGGCGCCGACAAGACCGGCAUCCGAUUGAGUCCAUUCUCCGAGUUUCAGGGCAUGAAGAUGAAGGAUCCCCUGCCUCAGUUCACAGACAUCAUGAAGAGACUGGACGCAUUCAACCUGGCCUACCUCCACCUUGUCGAGGCGCGCGUAUCUGGUAACGCAGAUGUUGAGGGUUACGACUCCCUCGACCCCCUGCUGCCUCACUACACUGGCAAGCUUCUCAUCGCUGGUGGACUCAAGGCCGAGGAUGCGAAGAAGAUUGUUGAGGAGCACAAGGACCGCGAUGUCGUCGCGGUGUUCGGACGCUACUUUAUCAGCACACCUGAUCUCGUUUUCCGGAUAGAGAAGGGCAUCGAGCUUACUCCUUACGACCGCGAUACUUUCUACGUCCCUAAGAGCGAGAAGGGAUACAUCGACUACCCUUUCAGCAAGGAGUGGAAGGAGGCGCACCCAAACUUGUAG